AUGGCUCCAGCAACAGAUAUGGAAUUGUUCCUAUGUGGCCCUCAGGCUCGCCUACCUCCUCCACAAGAAUUAAGCGAACUUCGUCAAAUCUUGUUAAAUCAGAAGACCUUUUCCGAAUCUUUAACAGCCACUUUGAAAGCCCUACCCGACCUUCUUCAGCAACUGACAACUUUUGACAGCACUUUGAAACAGGUCCCCGCGGCUGCAUCAAUCGACUUCCUUUUGCAAUGGCUAGAUUCAGGACUUCUAUCUCAGCCUUUAGACUCUCUCCUUAAUGUUGCCUCUUUGCCUUUUGCUGUUCUCUUGCAGAUUGCCCUCUUUUUCAAACACUUGACCAAACACAACAUUGGUCCGGAUUACAGCCAGACAAUCCAAUCAUUGCAAGAGUAUGGCGUCCAAGGCUUCUGCACAGGCUUCCUUACCGCUGCUGCCAUAAGCUUUUCUGAGAAUGAGGAGCAAUUGGCUGCAUUUACCGCUAUUAGCGUGCGGCUUGCUACAUGCAUUGGGCUUUAUAUUGACCAAAAUGCCUUAUAUGCUGAGCCAUCGAGUCCCGUCUGUGCUGUGUCUAUUCGAUGGAAGGAAGGGCAAUUUUCGAAAUCUCAAGUCGAAAAGCUCCUGACUGGCUAUACAAAUGCUUAUAUCUCAUGCAUCACUGAUAUCACAUGUGUCACAAUCACUGCCCAAGCCAGUGACGAGAACCUGUUGAUCGAAGCACUUAGAGAUGCUGGCCUUCGUGCCAAGACGAUCAGUAUCAACGGCCGUUUUCAUUCUGCUUCUGACCACGCCACUACGGCGCAAAACCUGAAGACAUUUGCAAAAUCCGUCAAAGGUCUUCAAUACCCUGAAGCCUCACAACUCAAAGCCCCGCUUCGGAAAAACGACACCGGGGGGGUCAUCACGGGCGCUGAUUAUAUCACUGAUAUUGCCAUUGAGAACAUCCUGCUUCAUACGGCUGACUGGUACACGACCGUGCGCAACACUCUUGGUGAUUCCUCCACCGACCGCCCUAGGGUGACCACUUUUGCGUUUGAAAAGGGUGUCUUACCUCUCAGUCUCGAUACUACUUACAAUUUCAAUAAUGUUAAUGGUAUCAACGGUGUGAAUGUUGUCGAUAAUGUCAACGGUGUUAAUGGCGUCAACGAGAGUCUCAACGCUAAAUAUCCUCCGCAUUCAGUCGCGGUCGUUGGCAUGGCAUGUCGUUUUCCAGGCGCAGUCGACGUCAAUGAAUUCUGGGAUCUUUUGGAGUCUGGCGUAUCAAUGGUUCGAGAGGUACCCUCAGAUCGAUUGAAUCUGGAUAGUCAGCGGUUGGCAGGUUAUGGGAACACUAAGUUCUGGGGCAAUUUCAUCGAUGACCCUGAGAGCUUUGACCACCGUUUCUUUAAGAAAUCAUCCCGUGAAGCAGUCUCGUGGGACCCCGAGAAAAGGAUUCUGCUAGAAGUUGUUUAUCAAGCCUUGGAAUCUGCUGGCCAUUUCGGACCUGCGGGUACAGAUCGCCCAAAUGACUAUGGGUGUUACAUUGGCGCUGUUGCUAACAAUUACUACGAUAACGUUGCCUGCCAUCCACCGAAUGCCUACUCUAUGCUAGGGACCUCGAGAGCAUUUUUCAGUGGCCGCAUUUCUCACCAAUUCGGCUUCACCGGCCCCGCAAUGACUAUUGAUACUGCAUGUUCUUCAUCCCUAGUCGCAAUCAAUACCGCUUGCCGAGCAAUUCAGUCUGGCGAAUGUUCACGAGCAAUCGCAGGUGGAACAAAUAUCUUCACCAGUCCCUUUGAUUACCAGAACCUGGCUGCUGCCGGAUUCCUGAGUCCAUCAGGCGCUUGUAAACCAUUCGAUGCAUCGGCCGACGGCUAUUGCCGUGGAGAAGGUGUUGCUGCGGUAGUUCUCAAACCUCUUUCGAGUGCUAUUAAUGAAGGCGAUAAUAUUUUAGGUGUGAUUGUCGGAUCGGCUGUCAAUCAAAAUCAUAAUGAUGCUCAUAUCACUGUUCCAUGCUCUUCAUCGCAAACAACGGUGUACAAAAAGGUGCUUGACAUGGCCAGCGCUCCAGCUUCUAGCGUUACCUAUGUUGAAGCUCAUGGCACUGGAACGCAAAUUGGGGAUCCAAUCGAAUGCCAGAGUAUCCGCGACGCCUUUGGAGGCUCUGACCGUAAAGAUAUUCUGCACUUCGGAUCUGUCAAGGGCCAUAUUGGUCAUACAGAAGCAUCGGCCGGUGUAGCUGGGCUUAUCAAGAUCCUUCUCAUGAUGCAACGCAAUACUAUACUUGGACAGGCAAGCUAUAGCAAUCUCAACCCAAAAAUACCCGUGCUUGAGCCCGACAUGAUGGCUAUUCCAAAAAACUGUCAGCCCUGGAAGACACCUUCGAAGCUUGCUUGCAUUAACAGCUACGGUGCCGCUGGAAGUAACGCUGUAGUUGCUGUCCGUGAGGCCACGCCACUCUCCUCAAAAACUCUCAGCAAGCGGCCAACCAUCACCGCAAAACAACCAUUCUUCAUGUCGGCUUCAUCAGAAGGCAGCUUGAUUGCAUAUGCUAGGAAGCUUUUGGCCUACAUAGACACCCAGAGAACAAAUUCUGUGAACGCCUUCCAUCUUCUAUCCGACAUUCUUUUCAACUUGUCGGACAGAGCCAACCAUAAUUUGACCUAUUCGCUGGCGAAAGCUGUCACUGAUCUGAAUGACCUGGAUAAAACGCUCCAGAAUAUCAUCGCUGGUUCUGAGGCCCCAUUGAAAGAUGCCAGCUCUAGUCCACGUCCAGUGAUUAUAGUCUUCGGUGGCCAGGAGAAUGAUUUCAUUGGUAUUUCGGAGGAUGCCGUGGAUAAAUCAGAAUUAUUACGGUCACAUCUAAAUGCAUGUGACGUUCAAUUACGAUUGCUUGGUCGUGGAAGCUUAUAUCCAGCUAUCUAUCGACGUGACGGCAUCCAGGAUCUGCCAACUCUCCAUGCAGUUCUCUUUGCAGCCCAGUAUGCGUCUGCUAAGGCCUGGAUUGAUAGUGGAAUGCGUGUCAGCGCCAUCGUAGGACAUAGCUUUGGCCAGUUGACGGCUUUGUGUAUAUCUGGAUCUUUGUCUAUCCAGGAUGCUAUGAAACUUGUGAUUGGCCGAGCAGAGCUGAUUGACAGCUCUUGGGGUAAAGAGCGGGGAUCUAUGAUCUCUGUACAAGCUGAUCAUACGGCUGUCAAAAGUAUUCUCAAUACCAUCAACGCCGAAUCGCCCGGCGACAAGCUAGAAAUUGCUUGCUUUAAUCACCCGACAAACCACGUGGUUGUGGGCACAAGUGAGGCUGUAGACGCUUUUGAACGUCACAUCUUCGACGACGACAGGCUUCACCAAACUAUUCGUACCAAACGACUGAGAGUCACACACGGCUUUCAUUCUGCCUUGACUGAAGAUAUUCUACCAGGACUUGAGAAGCUUGCAAACACCGUGGAAUGGAACAAGCCGAUAAUUCCAAUUGAGCUAGCAACGGAAGAGCAUAUCGAUCAGGAACCAGGCGCGUGGUUGAUUCCAUACCAUACGCGAAACCCUGUCUACUUCUCCUCAGCCGUUCAAAGGAUUGCUAAGAAGUUUCAAUCUUGCAUUUGGCUAGAAGCAGGUCAAGGAUCUUCCGUCAUGUCGCUGGUGAAAAACAGUCUCAAUGGUGAAGGCCAGCAACUCUACUGCCCGUCCUUUUUGAACGGACCCAACGCAAUUACGUCGGUGGCAGAGACUGUCGUAGAGCUAUGGAAAGCUGGCAUCCACGUGCAAUUCUGGCCCUAUCAUCGACGUGAACGAGGCCAUUUUGAGUACAAGAGCCUCCCUCCAUACCAAUUCGAGAAGACUAAGCACUGGCUCCCCUUUAUCGAUAAAGUCACUCUAGAGCCUACCCCAGACGCUACUACUGCAGCACAGAUUAACCCCAUCCAUGAAUUCAUAUCGUUCUUGGAAUUCUCAGAUUCAAGUAAGAAGGAGGCUACUUUCCUCAUCGAUCCUGAGAGUGAACGCUACAUGUAUUUGUUGAACGGUCACAUUGCGUCCAACCAAGCUCUUGCACCUGCAUCUUUGUACGUUGAACUGCUUUCUCGCGCUGCAAUUAUCUUGACACCGAAUGCAAGUUACGAAACACACGUUCUCAAUAUGGACUCCAUGCAAAUGAAAGGUGCACCUAUCGGUCUCGACUCGAAGAAGAACAUCUAUAUCAAGCUCACACGCAUCACGCCAGGCGUCGAUUACUGGAAUUUCGAGUUUUCUAGCAAGUUAAAGCAAGGUGGUGACGACGUUCAGAUUCAUGUAAUUGGCAAAGUUGGCCUCGGCAGACGAGACGAUCCUGUGCUGGCUGAUACGAUCAUGCAAUGGAGCGCUUUAAUUGGGUAUAAUAAGUGUCUUUCCAUCAUGAACUGCGAGGACGGAGAAAAGAUGCAAGGUAGACACAUCUACCAAGCCCUUCAGAGACUCAUUUUCUUUGACGAGAUGUAUCACGGCAUCAAGAGUAUUUCAUACCAGGGUCAUGAAGCUGCAGGAAAGGUCGCGGCGGACUUAGACCCUAAGCUUUCUCCUAACGAGGCACUGUAUGACACCCCGACUAUUGACGGCAUGAUGCAGUUCGCUGGUGUUCUCGUCAACUAUUUCGCACAUCCCAGUGGAAAAGACGUCCUACUCUGCCAGGGUAUUAACCGUAUCGUCACUGGUGGUGCGUUUGAUAUUACUGCUAGGGAGUGGAUCGCUUACUCACUCCUGACCGAAGACACCGAUGAGCGCACCGUCAGUGAUGUAUACAUCUUUGAUAAGAAGUCUCAGAAAGUUGUGAUUGCCUUCAUUGGAUUCGUCUUUACACGUACUUCUGUAUCGGUUUUGCAGCGAUCGCUUCGUAGUGUUAAUACUGGUGGAGCGGGUGCUAACCCUACCCCAGCACCCGUGGGAGCAGCUCCGAUACCAGGCGCUGUCUCUACGAUUCCUGCAGAAUCCAGUAAAGUGCCAAAGGUUAUGGAGGUAUUGCAUAACGUUACGGAUGUUCCUAUAGAUGAAAUCGCCCCCCAUUCAACACUCGAAGACCUUGGUAUCGACUCGCUCUUGGUGACGGAGGUCUUGAACGAGAUGCAAGUGGCCUUUGGGCUUGAGAUUGACCUCAACACAUUCUUGUUUUUCCCCAACGUCAAGGCUGUUUGCGAUCAUAUUGAUUCAGCUCUGGGGGUUAGCGCAGAUACAAGUACUCAAGCUGCUGCUGUAGUAGAGACAAAAUUAAACACCACUGCUGUUCAAAGCGUACCGACUCCUUCUCCUGAUGUUGAAUCGCGGCCAUCUUUACAACGGGCACAGAAGGUCUUUGCAAGCUACAGAGAUGCCUAUGAGAGAGCUGCCGUCAAGACGGGAGCUGUCACAUUCUGGGAAAAUUGCUACCCUCGGCAAGCCGCACUCGUACUCGCCUACGUCGUCGAGGCAUUCGCCAAAUUGGGCUGCGACAUGACUGUCCUCAAAGCUGGGGAUACUGCUCCUAUGAUUCCGCACCUACCUAGACACAAGCAACUUGUACGCCAACUUUACCGUGUGCUUGAAGAUUCUGGGCUUGUUGACGUGAACAAUCAAGGCCAGUUUGUCCGUACAACAAAGCUUGUCGAUCGUACGCCUGCCUCGGUUAUCUACGAGCACAUCAUUCCCGAGUUCCCGCUACAUACUAGUGUGCAUAAAAUUGUCCAAGUCGUUGGCUCAGACCUUGCAGAGUGCUUGACCGGCGAGAAGGAUGGCCUCCAGCUCGUCUUCGGCAAUAAGGAAAACAAGAAGACACUUGACGACCUGUACGAAAACUGGCCCCUCGUGCGCUCCGGCACGCUUGCGCUUGGAGAGUUCCUCGAGAAGGCCAUGGACAAGCCAAAUAAACCCGGAGUAUUCCGCAUUCUUGAAGUCGGUGCUGGCACAGGUGGUACGACCAAGUAUAUUGUCCGCCACUUGCAAAAGCUAGGCAUUCCUUUUGAGUAUGUCUUUACCGAUUUGUCUCCAUCGCUAGUUGCAGCAGCCAAGCGUACAUUCAAAGAUUGCCCCGAGAUGGAAUUCACGACCUUGGAUAUUGAGAAAGAACCCCAGGGAUCGUGGGUUGGGUCCUUCCACUUCAUUAUCUCUACGAAUUGCAUCCACGCGACAAGAAACUUGACCAUAUCGCUAACUUCGCUGCGCAAAAUGCUCCGCGAUGAUGGUGUUCUAACUCUGGUCGAGAUAACACAGAACAUGUUCUGGUUGGACAUUGCAGUGGGACUGUUCGAAGGAUGGUGGCUGUUUGAGGACGGCCGCGAGCAUGCGGUAACACCUGAGUGGCUUUGGAAAGAGCACAUGAUCCGGGCAGGAUUUAAUGCAGUAGACUGGACGGACGGUGAAGAGCCUGAGGCACGCACUAUUCGUGUCAUUGCGGGCUUUCCAACGAGUUUGAGUGCUUAA